AGUAGGAAAAAAGCAGAAGAGACAGCACAGGAAUGAGAUAUGUAUUAUCAUGAAGUGGGUGGAAGCUGGGAUGAGGAAAUUGGGAGCCACUGCACUGAAUAUGUUCAGCUGGCCUUUAUGUCCGCCUGUCUCUCCAUAUUUGUGGGCGGCAUCCUCCUCAUCUUGAUGUUCAGAGUAAUUGAAUACACAUUGAAGUCCUUGUUUAAAUUUGCUGGAUUGAAGACUCGAAGGAUGCCUAGGUUAAAUCUAUGGAAGAGAUACUUUCAGGUUUGGGUGGUCAGGAUGAUCUCUGCUCAGACUGUUGUGGGACGUAUACUGGUCAUACUGGUGUUCCUGUUUAGCAUUGGAUCACUCAUCAUUUACUUCAUCAACUGUCAAAGUGUUAAACAGUUCUGUCUCUCAUUUGAAGACCAGACAGUUUUUGUUGACCUCUUCUUCAAUUUAUUCUUCCUCUUUUACUUUGGAUUGCGGUUCUUUGCAGCAAGUGACAAGUUGACCUUCUGGGUUGAACUCAAUUCCAUUGUGGACUUCUUCACCAUUACUCCGGUCUGUAUCUCUUUCUAUUUAGGAAGAAACUGGCUUGGUUUACGUUUCUUGCGAGCACUCAGACUGAUGGAACUUCCCAAAAUUUUACAGUUUCUCCAGAUUACGACGACUGCCACUGCAGUCAAGCUGUCCAAACUCCUAGCUGUAUCUGUCAGCACUUGUCUCACAGCUGCAGGAUUUCUUCAUUGGAUUGAAAAUUCUGGUGAUCCCUGGGCAUAUACUAAAAAUUCCCAAAGCCUGACUUACUUUGAUUGCUUAUACAUGAUCAUGGUAACCAUGUCUACAGUUGGAUAUGGCGAUGUGGUGGUAAAAACCUCCUUAGGGCGUUCAUUCAUCAUUAUUUUCAUCAUUGCUGGCUUGAUGCUUUUUGCAAAUUUGGUGCCUGAAAUGGUAGACAUUGUUGGAAGCACUAAACUACACAAGGGUUCCUACGUGGCUGUGAAAGGCAGAAAAUAUAUUGUGGUCUGUGGUUAUAUCACUCUGCACAGCGUAACUACUUUCCUAAGGGACUUUUUAGCCCCAGGCUCUGGGCAGGUUGCCACUGAGAUUGUCUUUUUGGGAGAAAGUGAUCCAGGUCUGGAACUGGAAACUAUAUUCAGAUGUUAUGCUGCAUAUUCCACUUUCUUCCAAGGUUCUGUGAUGAAGACUGAAGAUCUGCAGAGAGUUCAGAUGGGGAAAGCUGAAGCUUGUCUCGUCUUGGCUGACACAUGUUCUGCCAACCCCUAUAUUGAGGAUACUACUAACAUCAUGAGGGUACUGUUCAUCAAGAAUCACUUCCCAAACACCAAAGUCAUAAUACAGAUCAUCCAGUCGUCUAACAAGGUCUACCUUCCAAAGAUCCCCAACUGGGACUGGAGGAGAGGGGAUAGUAUAAUCUGCUUUGCUGAGCUCAAACUUGCGUUAAUAGCACAGAGUUGUGUGGUGCCCGGCUUGACUACACUCUUGACCAGUCUGUUCAUUAGGGAAGACUCCAAGAAACUGAUCACUUUGAAUAAGCACCUACAUGAAAUAGAAGGCCAGGAUUAUAAAGUGAUGACUCAGCUUCUAUCCAACGAUUUUAUUGACAUGUCCUUCAAAGACGUGGCCAAAUUGUGCUUUUUGAAGCUGGAUCUCAUGCUGCUUGCUAUUGAGUUUCGAUCUGGCAUGCAAGGAAAUAGCAUCCUGAUCAAUCCACCUUCCAUUAUUAAACUCCAUUUCGACACAAUGGGCUUUUUCAUCGCCAAAUCUGCAGUGCAACUCAGAAGGGCGCGGUAUUACUGUAGACAAUGCCACAAUGACAUUCUGAAUCCAGAGCUAAUUGUAAAGUGUCGUUGCAAAAUGAAAGUCCCAAGAAAACCCUCAAUCUCCCUUUCUGAUAAGUUGAAACCAGCGCAGGAUUCGAGCAGUCUAGUAGUUUCACGCUCCCUUGGAUUUUUCCCUUUCUUGAAUUUCCCCUUUCAGACUGACAGUGAGGACAGACCUUCAGAAAUCUUGGAUGAUGAACACGAAAAAACCACUCUAGACUCUUCAGGAAUGUUCCAUUGGUGUAAAGCUGUUCCUUUUGACAAGGCCCUCUUGAAGCGACGCAAGGGGCAAUCCAAUGACAUGCGUGAGCACAUUGUAGUCUGUGUUUUUGGAGAUGCUACCUCUGCGCUGAUUGGACUGCGGAACUUUGUGAUGCCUCUGCGAGCCAGUAACUUCACACUCAGUGAGCUGAAGGAUAUUGUCUUUGUUGGAUCACUUGACUAUCUCCACAGAGAAUGGGAAUUCAUCCAAAAUUUCCCCAAACUAUUCUUACUGAGGGGCAGUGCACUUUCCUGUGCUGAUCUUAAAGCAGCCAACAUCCAGUUUUGUAGCAUGUGUGCGAUUCUCUCAGCCCAUGCGAGAGGUCCUGGUGAUCAAAUCCUGGUGGAUACAAAAUCUAUCCUGGCUACUCUGAACAUCCGUUCCUUACAUUUUAAAGCAAAUUCAUCAUUAGUUACUCGAAUGGAAAUCAGUCAGGGAACAAUUGAUAGUCCAUCAGUGCCCAUCCUUUCCAAACGGACUCCCAUCAUCACUGAGCUGAAGAUUGCCUCCAAUGCACAAUUCUUUGAACAGAGCAACACAAAUGAAUCUGUUUAUGGAAUGCAACAGAUAUCCAGAGGAACAGUAUUUUCUGACAGCUUUUUGGACGCUGUAAUGUGCACUACCUACCAUAAUCACCAUGUGUUGGCUUUACUGCAGUCACUGGUGACUGGGGGGACCAGUCCAGAACUGGAAGAAUAUCUGGCAGAGGAGGCUUCACUGAGUGGCAGUACUAGCAAUGUGGUGCACUUUGGAUCGAGGAACAGGUGUAAACUGGCACUUUUAGCACUGACAGAUUCUCCAAGUGUAGCAGACGGACGACUGCUCUUCUUUGGGGAUAUCUACAAUCUAGCACUUGAGUUGCUUGGAAUCCUUUGCUUUGGCCUAUACCGUCAGAAAGAUGAGACCAGUCUGAUUGAAAAUAGAUUUGUGAUUGCUCGGCCACCUACCAAUUUUGAGAUCUACGCCUCUGAUCAGUUCUUUUGCCUUGUCCCAUUCAACACUUUAGUAAAUGACCUGACAGCUGUGGUAAAGUCCAUUCGAACAGUCAGACGAAAGGGUGCUUUGCUGACACCAGACCAAGUGUUUUUAUCAUGAAAUAUGCCAGCAUCUCCCUUCAAAUAAAUACUUUGUUCUUUA